CUGAUGAGAACGACGUAUUUUCCCGCUGUUUUUUUUCUCUCUCCCGUUCGUUUGUUGUGUCUUUGUAUUCGACGUAUUGACCGAUAACGAUACGUUGAAUUGCAUUUGUUCGAUAAUUGAUAUUGAAAUUUUCAAAUUAAAUUUCAUUGCAGUGUUGCAUACACCAUUCUAUUGGAGCAGCAAUCAACUUUACAUAUAUGGAUUAUAUUAACAAGCAUCCGAUUGCAAAUUUAAGUCAGUACUGACCAUCAUUAUUCAAACGAUAAUCAUCAGAACCACAACAGUGAUUAUCUAUCAAGAAAAACCCGUUCAUAAAGUUCAACAACGAGAAUAAAAUUCCUGGAUAAGUUAGGAAAAUAAACGUACAAAAAAAAUUAGUAACAACAACAAACACGCAGCGAACAAAUCACGAUGAUGAACGGGUGUUGGCAAGCCGUAAAACGACGUAAACAAAUAUCCGACAACGACGAUGGUGACACACAAUUGGCCAGAGUUUUGAAUUUAUUUGAUUUGACGGCACUCGGUGUUGGAAGUACACUGGGCUUGGGCGUUUAUGUUUUGGCCGGCAGUGUGGCGUACAAUGAAGCUGGACCAGCAGUCACAAUAUCGUUUUUAAUAGCCGCUAUUGCAUCAGGAAUAGCUGCGAUUUGUUAUGCCGAAUUUGCUUCUAGGGUGCCGAAAGCAGGCUCAGCAUAUGUGUAUACAUAUGUAAGUGUUGGUGAAUUUCUCGCGUUCACCAUCGGAUGGAAUUUGAUUCUGGAAUAUAUUAUCGGAACAUCAAGUGUGGCACGAGGCUUAUCGGUGUAUUUGGAUGCUUUGAUCGAUAAUCAAAUGUCAAAAUUAUUUCGUGAUUUAAUACCGAUGAACGUUGGCUUUUUGGCAUCGUAUCCGGAUUUCUUUUCGUUUAUCGUCGUGCUCAUGCUAGCCAUUUUACUUUCCGUUGGCGUUAAAGAAUCCAGCAUUUUGAAUAAUAUCUUCACCACAAUCAAUUUGGCAACUGUCGUUCUUGUUAUCGCAUCUGGGGCGAUGAAAUCUGAUCCAGCAAAUUGGUCGAUACGAAAAGAAGAUAUACCGGACGGUGUUCGGGGUGGCGAAGGCGGUUUUAUGCCAUACGGAAUCGCCGGUGUGAUGGCAGGUGCUGCAAAAUGCUUUUACGGUUUCGUUGGGUUUGACUGUCUGGCGACAACCGGUGAAGAGGCGCAAAAUCCCAAGAGAAAUAUACCGUUGUCAAUCGUUUUAUCGCUUAUCAUCAUAUUUUUGUCAUACUUUGGCGUAUCUACCGUUCUUACCAUGAUGUGGCCAUACUAUUUACAGAAUCCCGACGCACCAUUCCCUCAUGUAUACGAGCAAAUAGGAUGGAUCGAAAUUAAAUGGAUUGUAUCAGUUGGUGCUGUGUUUGCAUUGUGUACGAGUUUAUUGGGUGCUAUGUUUCCGUUGCCGCGUGUUUUGUAUGCCAUGUCUUCGGAUGGAUUAUUGUACAGUGUAUUUAAGCGUGUUAAUGUACGCACAAAAACCCCAUUGAAUGCAACAUUAAUAUCUGGCUGUGUUGCGGCUGUGAUGGCACUCAUUUUUGAUUUGCAUCAAUUAAUUGAUAUGAUGUCAAUAGGAACAUUAAUGGCCUAUACAAUAGUAGCUGUUUGUAUUCUUGUGUUGCGCUAUCAAGAAGACAACACUUCAUAUAUAAAUAAGACACCAUCAACGUUGUCACAAAUUCUACGACAAGUGUUUAAUUUGAAUUUUUUAAAGCGACCAAAUUCACUAUCAUCGAACAUAACAAAGAUGACGGUUGUUUUGUUUUCGCUGUCAACAGCGAUUUUUUGUCUGCUGAUCGAUGCAAAUUGGGAACUAUUUUCACCAAUUCAUAUUUGUUUAAUGGUAGUUGGUGCAACAAUGAUAUUAUUCUUUAUCGUGAUUUUACGUCAACCGAAAUUUGACUGUGAUUUAAGUUUCAAAGUGCCGGCCGUACCAUUUUUGCCAAUGCUUUCCAUAUUCAUGAAUUUAUAUUUAAUGUUUCAACUCGAUAUAAAUACAUGGAUUCGUUUUGCCGUUUGGAUUACAAUCGGUUAUAUAAUCUAUUUUACAUAUGGCAUACGACAAUCGAUUGAAGGAAGCCGAGAAAAAUUGGAGUUAAGUGAACAUGGCCAAAAUGGAAAACACGCAUUCGAAGGCAAAUGCUAUGGACGACCGGUUGCCGCGCACACAAUGCAAAGCAUCGACGAUUUGAACAAUGCAAACAUUGAUUUCACCACUGGCAGCACCGUUCAAUUGAGUCAUCAAUAGGCCACCAACACAAACUAAAUUUUAUGAUACGCGAGAUUGAAACAUAUACAUUCAUUCCAUGCACAUAUAAAAAUAGAGUAGCUAAUUUGAUGAUUUUUUGUUUGUUUGUUAUUGUUUUUAACUACAUUGUGUUAUUUUGUUUUUAUUUUGUGAUGUUCCUUGGUUAAAUUUAGGAUUUGUGAGAUUGAUGCUCCAAAUUAUAAAACGAGUGCAAUUGUUAUUAACACUGUUAAGAAACAGGGACAUUUUUAUAAGCUUUCUGUAAGAUUUAAUCUUUUUUUAAGGGAACAAAAUAAUUUUUUUUUUAAAUCCUAUUUCAACUGAGAAAAUUUAAGGCAUUUAAAAUGUGAACAAAAUUCAAUAAAUUUUUAUCAAACUGGUUUUAAAGAAAAUAAAA